AUGGACGCGCUCUGCCAGCCACCCUUCACGUUCGUGGUGGCAGGAAAGAAAAUGGAGCUCGACUCGAUGGGGUCACUCCUCAACUUUGACAAGAUGAAGGAGAUGGGCUGGCGCAAAACCACCAUCCAAGAUGUCGCGGUGAUGCACGGCGACGAGUCGCAGGUGCAUGUCAGCGCGAUUCUGGAGCGCCACAUGGCCGAUGGUGCGAUUGAGGAGACGUGCUCCGUCUUCUUCCUUACCAAGGUGGACGAGCACUACAGGCUUAUGGUCGGUGGGAAUGCCACGGCAGGCGGCAGCACCCUCGUCGGCGCCAUUUCCGGGAAAUGA